AGAGAAAAGUUCCGUAAAAAAAUCGUCAAAGUGAUGAAUCAGUGGCGGCAGUGAAUUGUGACCACCGUCCACUUGUGUGCGCUGAGUGGCAGGUGCCAGCGCGCCAGCGUGAGAAUAUCAGCCGCCCGUCCGAGUGCCCGAUCGGGGUGGAGAAUCACGUGCCUUUUUACCGCAGCGGCUAUGUUUUGAUAGUGAUACAAAAUGGCGGAUCAAUCGUUGGGCAAGGACGAGUGUCUGGACGACUGCGACGAAGGAGUGUACGAGCAGGGCGACGGUCCCGCAGCCGAGGAGAUUGAAGAUGAGGGACUCACGCCUCUGCAGCGCAUCACCAAGUACGCCUGGGCGGAGGAGGUCUACAACAGAAAGUAUGUGGCAACGGUAUUACUGGAGAUUAUUCAAAUGGCGCCCGCCGAACCGCUGAGCACCGAUCUUCCUCAGAUUAUGGACAUUUUUGGAAAAUUGGUACAUGAUGCUGAAGUUGUGGUGCGCAUCGACGCGCUGGAACAUAUCCCGAGCCUGGCCGGCAUGGCGCUUAAAUGCGCGCAGAAAGUGCCGGCGCUGGCAAACAUCACCAGCGAAUACCUGCUCUCGAUGGUGGUGAACAACCUCGGCGACAACGACAACCAGGUGCGGAAACAUGCGCAACGCGCGCUCUUCACGUUACUUGAGCAGGGACUAGUCAGCAAGGCGCAAGCAGAGAUCCAGGUCUGUCCAACGAUCCUGGCGUUGACACGGAAGGAGUCCAUGGUCACCGACGGAGUGACUUUGAUGGCAAAGGUUGUGCCACUUCUCGGGCGAGAUGUCACCGAACGAGUGUUCCUCGACAGAUUCGUCGAAUUGUGUGCCGCAAUGAAAUUUUAUGUCCGUAAGAUUUGCGCAUCGCAUGUUGGCGAUUUUUGCGCCAUUAUUAGUCGACCUCUUUUUGAAAAAGUACUGUUCAUAGCCUACGCAAAAUUGUGCAACGAUGAGGCCUGGGGCGUGCGGAAAGCAUGCGCCGAUGUGGCGAUGUCUGUAUCGUGCGCGUGCUCGCCAGAUCUUCGGAAGAUGGUACUGGCGCCGGCGUUCGCGCGUCUCUUACGCGACAAAUGUCGGUGGGUGCGCAUCUCUGCGUUUCAAACACUCGGUCCUUUCAUCUCCACCUUUGCGGAGCCGACAAUCACAUCGCUUGCGUAUAAUAAUAUGGGCGAGCUGGUUCUCGUCUGCUAUGGCAGCGAAUUUAAAAUAAAUAAUUCAUCAUGCACGCCAAUGGAUGAAGUAAAGAAUUUGUUUUACCUCUGUUUGGAUGACUUGGACGACGACUCGUAUGACGUUGGCUUUGUUCGAAAACGAACAGAGGAAGGUGAACAGCCGCUGCCACCCGAAGAACUGCCACAGUUGGAAGCGCCACCACCACUCGAUGAACAGUCUAACGCGCAAAAGACGCCGCCACCUCCUGAAGAACAACUUCCCGCGCCGAAGGAGCUAUCACCACCACUCAAAGACGACAGGAAAACCGAUCCAAACAAUGCGUGGGUGAUGGACGUGAUUCUUAAGGGCCUGGACGAUUUCAUGCUAACAGAGGACUUCGACAACGAUGAGAUGAUCUUACGUAGCAACAAAUCGACCGACGACAACAAAAAACAAUGUGAUAAUUUAGGUAGUGAGAUUAGCACAAUUUCGAAUCCGGCGAGCGGCGAUCAAUUAGAGAACGUCGAUCUGAGCCGGAGCGAACAAGCUACCUGCAGUAGCAGUGGCGAUGAAGCCGAUCGCGCCGAUUCGGGCGGCGCUUGCGCUGCGGCGACGCCCGAAGGUAAUAAUGAUGAGGACGGUUUGGAGUUAUACAACUCGCAUAAUUAUUGGUAUGUGCCUCCAGAUAUGCCUUUGGAUCCUAAUAUUGUAGCAGGAAUUGAAAUUGAAAAGACUGCUUCUGACACUACCGAUUUACCAUCCGCACAAGAGAACACGGACGCUUUUGCAAAACUGAAACUGAUUUUGAAACAAACAAUCUUAACGAAACCGUUGUUGUUGCGGCUGCCGCGGACGCAACCUUCAAAGCUGAUUCGCCAUCAGGUAAUUGUAAAUAUUUUACCGCCAUUUUCAAAAAAUCUUCAUUCUACAAGACUUCUGGACAAAAUUAUUAUUUUUAUCAUGCAAGCUGAUUCUGCCACUAAUAAAGCAAUUAAUAAAUAUGUGUUACUAGACGGCGAAAGCGCCGAGAUAACGGAGUUAAAGGAGCCGCCACAAAAGAUCGUGCCGCAGCUUCUCAUCGAUCACUUUAUCUCGAUGGCGGAUCCGAGUAUCGCGCAAGACAUCGACGACAACAUUGCCUAUCACUGUGCCUAUUCGCUGCCCGCCGUUGCGCUCACGCUGGGCAGCGUCAACUCGCAUUUAUUGAAGGAGACGGUUGGCACGCUGGCGGCCAACAUGCAGUACAAGGUGCGCCACACGCUCGCCAGCAGCCUGCAUGAGUUGGCGAUCAUCUGGGGAAGCGAUAUUGCUUCCAAUGAUCUCGCUCCCAUCUUCAACGAAUUUAUCAAAGACUUGGACGAAGUGCGCAUCGGCGUGUUGAAGAACCUUGCUCAAUUUCUAAGACUUAUAAAUCCAACUAAGCGGUCAAUGUACCUGCCGCGUCUGUCGUUCUUUUUGCAAAACAAUCAGAAGCUGAAUUGGCGCUAUCGGCACGAGCUUGCCGAACAGUUACUGAAGUCAGUGACAAUGUUUACGCCGUCAGAAGCGUCCAAGCAUAUUUCACACAUUGCUCAGCGCCUGCUUUGCGACAAGGUGGCGGCCGUGCGGCAGAUGGCACUCAAACUUGUGGCGCAGUUGCUGCAGCACAUCAACAGCGAGCCGGGACUUUCGUCGCGGAUGCUAAUUAAAUUCGCUGAGACGUUUGCACACUCGAAAAAGUGGAAGCUGCGCCAGACGUUUGUAUUCCUCAGCUGGGAGUUGCUGGUUGGAAAAGCACUGCCCAUCGAACAGUUUGCCAGCGAUGUUAUGCCGCAUCUGCUUGAUCUUAGUUGGGAUCCUGUCGCCAAUGUACGAUUGGUUGUGGCGCAAACAGUUGUUACACAUAUGAUAAACAACGAAUAUUUCCGAGAUCCAGAAAAUCAACACUACGACCUGUUGGAGUCGGUGCUGCGUCGAUUGCAAACUGACGAGGACAUCGAUGUACGACAAGCGGCUGUGGUUGAUGCGUGUCAGAAGUACGCCUAUUGAAUAAUUUUUGGUUGAAUGUUUUACACGGUUUUUACAUCAAAAGCAGAUGAUUGCAAUUACACACGAUUUUUACAUCAAAUGCGAGAGAUUGCAGUUACACCCAACUUUUACAUAAAAAAUUAACGAGAGAUUGCGGGCCUAAACCAACUCGUACUUUUAUUCUUGUACAUUAUAGUUAUGUAUUAGUUAUGAAUAUGUAAAUGAUGAAGAAAAACACGCGCCGAUUAGUUUAAUAUUUUGAUGGUUUUAUAUGAGAUUGAGCGAGCGAGCGAACGAGAGAAAGAAGUUAUAUUUGUUAAAUUUAAAAUAAUUGUAUGUAAUAUUCGCCAAAACAAGAAAUUUUUAGAAUGA